AAGAAAGAAGAAACAGAUUAGUCUGCUUUUGUUGUCACGGAGAAAAAAGCUACUCGAUUAAUUACUUAUUAGCCUAAAUAACAUCUGGAUGCAUUCAUAUGUGGUAAAAGGUCUCCUGACAGAUGUGGUCCUGUGGGCGUCAGUAUCACACAGUGAUCACAGUUCACACCUGCAGUGAAGCUCCUCCCACAACAAUUCACCAAUAAAUACUGGGAAUAUUCACAUCAUCCUACAAGAGAAGGACAAACUCCAGGUGUAGCAGCUGAAAUCUGUGUGACUGUUAAAGAUGGAGUUUAUUAAAGAGGAGAUUGAAGACAUGAGUGAUCCAGAACCAUCCAGAAUAAAACAUGAAGAUACUGAGGAACAAAUAGACUGGAUGGAGAUUAAACUGGAAAAACAUGAACUGAAUGAAGCAGAGGAGGAAAAGCGGAGCAUCAAAACUCAAAGAACAAAAGAUAAGCCGUACACCUGCUCUCAGUGUGGAAAGAGUUUCAGUCGCAAAGGAAACCUAAAAACACACAUGAGAAUUCACACUGGAGAGAAACCGUAUACAUGCACUCAAUGUGGAAAGACUUUUGCUUCUCAAUUAGGCCUCAAAUUUCAUCUGCGCAUUCACUCUGGAGAAAAACCAUUUAACUGUAAUCAGUGUGGUAAAUUUUUUUUUUCGGCAUCAAAUCUAAAACAACACCUGAAAGUUCAUUCAGGUGAGAAGCCUUAUGUGUGUUCUUUCUGUGGAAAGAGUUUCUCGAGGCUGGAACAUUGUAAACAUCACCAGAAAACACAUGAUGAAGUGAGAGAUUAUAUGUGCUUUGAUUGUGGGAAGAGCUUUACAACAGCUGAGCAUCUGAAACAGCACCGAAGAAUUCAUACUGGAGAAAGACCUUACAAGUGCUCAUCUUGUGACAAGAGUUUCACUCAGUCUCCACACCUGAAAUCACAUGAGCGAAUUCAUACUGGAGAGAAGCCGUAUCACUGUACUCAGUGUGAGAAGAGUUUCAAAGAUUCAACAGGUUUCAGAAUUCAUCUGCUCCGUCACUCUGGAGAAAAACCAUUUAACUGUGAUCAGUGUAGUAAAGAUUUUAUUUUAUCAUCAGAUCUAAAACAACACCUGAAAGUUCAUUCAGGUGAGAAGCCUUAUGUGUGUUCUCUGUGUGGAAAGAGUUUUUCAUGGCUGAAAAGUUUUAAACUGCACCAAAAAACACAUGAUAGUGAAACCAGAUAGUCUCCUGGUUUCACAGACAAGGUUUAAAGUGUCUAAAAUAUCUUAAAAUAUGUCAGUGCCAUUGUUUUUUUUUUUUUUCUUCUUCUCUCAAGAUGGACAGCAGUAAUGUAUUUUCUAGGGUAUGUUCAUAAAACCUACUUAAAUACCCUAAUUGUACUGAGGCCUAAUCCUGGCCUGUCUGUGCAACCGGGCCCAUGUGUGUUUGUGACUGUGGGAAGAGUUUUAUUAGAGCUGACUGUCUGAAACAGCACCAAAGAAUUCAUACUGGAGAAAAACCUUACAAGUGCUCAUAUUGUGACAAGAGUUU